CGCUUGCUCGGUAUACCUCUUUUUCUAUGGCUUCUCGUGCAUAUUGUUUAUUCUACCUUCUUUUUUUCUUUUAUUUCAUUUUUUUUUUCACCUAUUAUUUUCGUCUCCUCAAGCGAUGGAACCCAUGAAUUUCAAAGAGGUCCUGGCAGCACUCCAUCAAUUCGAAUUGAACCAGACGACCGAUCCAUCGAUUAUCAGUGAGGAAGACCAUCGUUCGCUGCUGGAAAUUCAUCAAAUAUCACAGCGGAUUUUGAAGCAUGACUCCUUGCCACAGACCGCCGAUUGUGUUGUAUCUGAAACAUCAGUGGCCACGCAUGAUCCAUGUUCAGCUUUGGAGCCGCUUCGUGAACAAGCACAAUGUAUUUGCUUGGAUGAAGUUGCCCGUGUGACCGCAGCAGUUCAGCAAGGCGAUCUGGAACAUAGGAUAUUAUGCCCGAUUCAUCUUCAGUCAGCGCAGGCGUUGAAUGACAUGGUUGAUUAUAUUAAAGAAAUCGUGACACAAACAGUCGAUGCAGUCGCCAAAGUCAAUCAAACAGGCCAAUUAGGUUACCAAAUUCGUUUACCGGAACACAUUGUUCCCAAAGGCGUCUGGCAAGACUUGGUGGAUCAUAUUAAUCUAUCAUCGACCAAUCAUCGCGUGCAUGUUCAAGAACUCACUCGGAUAGCCAAAGCAGUGGCCUCGGGUGAUCUCAAUCAACAACUCAUGUUUGACGUUCAGGGCGAUGAACUCCGACUCAAGGAAGCCGUCGAUGAAAUGGUCAAUAACCUGAGAUCGUGCGCUUCGGAAGUGAUCCGUGUAAUCCAUGAAGUCGGUACUGAAGGCCAAUUGGGGGUUAAAGCAGAUACAGAUCAUGUCUAUGGCAUAUGGAAAUCUUUGACCGACAAUGUCAAUAUCAUGGCCGCCAAUCUAACCGCCGAUGUUCGUGAUAUGGCUUUUGUCUGCAAAGCCGUCGCACGAGGCGACCUCACCCAAAAAAUUACCGUGAAUGUAAAAGGAGAACUCUUGGAGCUGAAAAAUACGAUCAACCUUAUGGUCGAUCAGUUGUUAGGAUUUGCUACGGAAGUGACACGUGUUGCAUUGGAAGUCGGCACUGAAGGCAAAUUAGGCGGUCAAGCCACAGUGCACAAUGCAGGAGGCACAUGGAGAGAUCUAACUAAUAAUGUCAAUUUGAUGGCCAGUAAUUUGACGGCCCAAGUGCGCGAUAUUGUCGCUGUUUGUAAAGCCGUUGCUCAUGGGGAUCUUUCCCGAAAGAUUACUGUCAAUGUACGAGGCGAAAUGCUCGAUUUAAAAAGCACCAUCAAUACCAUGGUGGAUCAACUACGAAUGUUGGCGGCGGAACUAACGAGGGUGGCAAGAGAAGUGGGCACAGAAGGCAAACUAGGCGGCCAAGCGGAAGUGCGUGACAUGGACGGUAUCUGGUGUGAUUUAACACUCAACGUCAAUACCAUGGCUGCCAACUUAACCGCCCAGGUACGAGACAUUGCCAUGGUAUCCAAAGCAGUGGCCAAAGGCGACCUAACAAAAAAGGUGACCGUGGAAGUUCAAGGCGAGAUACUGGAGCUCAAGGAAACAAUUAAUACCAUGGUGGAUCAGCUUCAGAUGUUCGCGACCGAAGUGACCCGUGUAGCCUUGGAGGUAGGCACUGAAGGGCGACUAGGUGGUCAAGCAAAUGUAAAGGACGUGGCCGGGAUUUGGAAAGAUUUGACCGAUAAAGUCAACAUCAUGGCCGCCAAUUUGACUUCACAAGUGCGAUCGAUUGCUGCCGUUACCAUGGCCAUUGCUAACGGCGACUUUUCUCGAAAAAUUACGGUCGACGUUCGUGGCGAAAUACUCGAUCUCAAGGUGUCUGUGAACGACAUGGUGGAUCAAUUGCGGUUAUUCGUGGCCGAAGUGACGCGGGUGGCUCGCGAAGUGGGUACCGAGGGAAAGCUCGGCGGUCAAGCUGUGGUGGAUGACGUUCGCGGUACAUGGAAAGACCUUGUGGAUAAGGUGAAUACCAUGGCCGCUAAUCUAACGACUCAAGUCCGAUCCAUUGCCGAAGUGACUACCGCAGUAGCCAACGGGGACCUCAGUAAAAAGAUCGAUGUGCCCGUCGACGGCGAAAUUCUUGACCUCAAAAUCACCGUGAACAGUAUGGUGGAAAAACUACGCAUGUUUGCAGCCGAAGUGACGCGGGUGGCCAAAGAAGUCGGUACCGAGGGCAAACUCGGAGGUCAAGCCGUCGUCAAAGACGUAGGAGGCACCUGGAAAGAUUUAACCGACAAUGUCAACACAAUGGCGGCCAAUAUCACCGCCCAAGUACGAGAUAUUGCUAUGGUCUCCAAAGCAGUCGCCAUGGGAGAUUUGACCAAGGUGGUCACCGUAGAAGUGAAAGGUGAAAUUCUUGAUUUAAAAUUGAUUAUCAAUACAAUGGUGGAACAGUUGUCUAUUUUUGCAACCGAAGUAUCGCGUGUGUCGCUCGAAGUGGGUACGGAGGGCAAGCUGGGCGGUCAAGCUGUGGUAAAGCAUGUGGAUGGUAUCUGGAAAGAUUUGACCGACAAUGUCAACAUGAUGGCGGGCAAUUUAACCACCCAAGUACGAUCCAUUGCGGCCGUGACCAUGGCGGUAGCUCGAGGCGAUCUAUCGCGCAAAAUUGAAGUAGACGUGAAAGGAGAAAUCAUGCAACUCAAGGAAACGGUAAAUUCCAUGGUAGAUCAGUUGCGAACAUUUGCGGCUGAAGUGACCCGUGUGGCUCGAGAAGUGGGUACCGAAGGCAAACUAGGCGGCCAAGCCGUAGUAAAAGAUGUGGAUGGGACAUGGAAGGAUCUGACGGACAAUGUGAACCUCAUGGCAAGUAAUCUGACUAAUCAAGUGCGUGAUAUUGCCAUGGUAUGCAAAGCCGUGGCUUGUGGCGAACUAUCAAAAAAAGUAGUAGUCCGCGUCGAAGGUGAAAUCCUCGAAUUGAAAAAUACCAUCAAUACCAUGGUGGACCAGCUUCGUACAUUUGCCUCGGAAGUGACCCGGGUCGCCAAGGAAGUCGGCACUCAAGGCAAACUAGGCACCAAAGCGGAAGUGCUCGAUGUGUCCGGAGUAUGGAAACAUAUUACGUCCGAUGUGAAUACAAUGGCAUCCAACCUCACCACACAAGUACGCGCGUUUGCGCAAAUCAGUGCUGCUGCUGCACAAAAUGAUUUCAGCCAAUUUAUUACGGUCGAAGCUUCCGGUGAAAUGGAUUCACUCAAAACCAAAAUCAAUCAAAUGGUCCAAUCAUUGCGUGAUGCAUUGCAAAAGAACACACAAGCGCGCGAAGCGGCUGAGCUCGCGAAUCAGAGCAAGAGUGAAUUCUUGGCCAACAUGAGCCAUGAAAUUCGCACCCCCAUGAAUGGCAUCAUUGGUAUGGCGACGCUGACACUGGAAACGGAUUUAACGCGCGAACAACGCGACAAUCUAUUGAUCGUCAAAUCAUUGGCAUUGAACCUGUUGAUGAUCAUUGACGACAUUCUGGACAUUUCCAAGAUCGAAGCCGGACGACUGACGAUUGAAUACAUUCCCUUCUCACUCCGAACCACCACCUUUGGUUUAUUCAAAAGCAUGGCGUACAAAGGUGGCAACAAACUAAAAAUGAUCUACGAGGUCGAAAAGAAUAUCACCGACUGGCUUUUGGGUGAUCCGCUCCGAUUAAAGCAAGUAGUCACGAACCUGAUUGGCAAUGCGGUAAAAUUCACGGCCGAAGGCGUCGUAUCUCUCACCAUUCGAGCGAACCAGCGCCAUGACAAUGGACUGAACCUUUGCUUUUGUGUCCGAGACACAGGCAUUGGCAUCUCUCAAGACAAAUUGGCCGUGAUCUUUGAUACCUUUUGCCAAGUGGAUGGCAGCACAACUCGUAAAUAUGGUGGAACAGGGCUUGGUUUAACCAUUAGCAAGCGUCUUGUGGAGUUGAUGGGAGGUCGUCUGUGGGUAGAUUCCACACCUGGCAAAGGUUCUGAAUUUUACUUUGAAAUCCCGGUCUUCUUUGGUGAUCCUGACCAGGAGGGAUCCGAAUCACGGGCUAUUGGCGAACGAAAGCUAUUGUACAUUACAGAAGGGCCAACGGAGGAUUCCGGAGUAAAAGAAGCAUGCGAACGACUGCAGAUGCCGCUGACGUUGGCGUACAUUCAUCCAGAAACGAGCCAGAUCUACAUCAACAGGACCAAUGAACUCCUGUGCUACAAUGACGAGACAUUUGAUGUGGUCAUUACCACGUCGCUUGCAUUGACCCAACGGAUCCGGCAAGACAUUCCUCAAAUUCGACAUACCCCGAUUAUGCUGGUAUCUUCCGAUCUUCAGCGAUUGGACAUCCGACACUGUGUACAGCUAGGCAUUGCGAGUUACAUCAACUCUACAAGUGAAUAUGCCAGUUUGGUGACCGCUUUAUACGUAGCCUUGGAGAACAACACCUAUGCGCCAAGCAAUCCUCCACAAGCGACAUCUCUACGUAUUCUGUUGGUAGAAGACAAUAUCGUGAAUCAGAAAUUGGCGGUCAAGAUGCUGGAGAAGAUUGGUCACAAGGUGACUGUAGCUCAGAAUGGCAAAGAAGCGGUCAAUAUGUUCAAGGACAACCAUUACGACAUUAUAUUAAUGGAUAUCCAGAUGCCUGUGAUGGGUGGAUUUGAAGCGACCGAGUUAAUUCGGCAAUACGAGGCCACGUUGGAAACCACAAGUCGUAUACCUAUUAUUGCAUUAACCGCGCACGCCAUGAUUGGCGAUAGGGAAAAGUGUUUAGCUCAUGGAAUGUGGGAUACUAAUGAAGGACGUUUCUUGUUCUCGUAUUUCAAAAAGGAUGAAUACGUCAGCAAACCAUUACGGUUGCCCGAGCUUAUCGCCGUGAUUAACAAAUUUACAGCCUUCCAUACGUCACAUUAA